CAUUGAUGAUGUAUCACAUCCACGGUUGCUGCUAGGAGGGACGAUUUGAGACACUCUCGCGAGAUUUUAACCAUUACCAUAAUAGUAAUCUAACUCUAAAUUUAACCCUAACCUCGCGAGAGUUCGUCUCUCCGGCUGAUCCAACCUAGCAUUUAGCAUAACAGAGGGGGGAGGAACUUUGACCCGGUGCUCCAGCCCGAGUUAGCAGCUAUUUUUCUGUAUUAUUUUCAUAUUUUUUUGUGUGUUGUUUCAUAUGCAGAAGGAUGUGGUUUAUUUAUUUACUGAGCUGGUUGUCGUUGGUGAUCCAGAUAUCCUUCGUCACUCUUGCAAUAGCUGCUGGCCUGUACUACUUGGCAGAACUAAUAGAAGAAUACACAGUAGCCACCAGUCGAAUAAUAAAGUACAUGAUUAUGUUUUCGACAGGCGUGUUGGCAGGUCUUUACAUUUUUGAAGGCUUCCCGGUGUUGAUGGUGGCGGUCGGCCUCUUCACCAACCUGGUGUACUUCGGCCUCCUGCAGACCUUCCCCUACAUACUGCUGAGCUCCCCUAACUUCAUCCUCUCCUGCGUGUUGGUCGUGGUGAACCAUUACAUGGCCUUCCAGUACUUUGCACAAGAGUAUUAUCCAUUCUCAGAGGUGUUGGCGUACUUCACCAUCUGCCUGUGGGUGAUCCCCUUCGCCUUUUUUGUGUCACUGUCAGCGGGAGAAAAUGUGCUUCCAUCCACCAUGCAGCAAGGAGAUGAUGUGGUGUCUAAUUACUUCACCAAGGGCAAGAGGGGGAAGAGGUCUGGGAUCCUCCUCGUGUUCUCUUUCCUCAAGGAGGCAGUGCUGCCCAGCCGACAGAAAAUGUACUGAGGAGCUGGACUCGGGGUGCAGCCUUAGGGGGCUCGGGGGUGUGUGAGUGUGUGUACGCUAGGAGAUGGAAGGGGAAGCAGGAAGGACUGUGGAAAUGGUUUCUGGAUGGGACUAAAAUGAAAGCGGAUGAUGAAGCAGUGGGAGGAAGAGCACUUGAAGAGGACGGACCAAUGAACGGAACAGAGCUUCCUGCUGCCGGACGAGCCGACGAGUUUACACAGGCCAUGUUCGUCUGUCUUUGUCUUUCUGUUUGUCUGUACUGACUGCCAACAACAUCUACUAGAGACCUUACUGAGGGGGGGGGGAUCUCGUCUGUAGCGCAACGCUUUCUUAUCGUCACGUUGGACUCCUCCAUUUUUUUUUUUUUUUAAACGUUGGUAUUAAAGUAUGUAUGUGUCUUAAAUUAACAACCACCAAAUACCUAUAAAUUUGGACUUUGGUAGGUACAUCAUUAUCGAUUUUGAGAUGACAUCUUCAUCAGGAGACCAAAAUCGACGAGUAAAAACUUUUAAAGUCUCCUCAGAUGACAAACAGUGGCUUGGAGAUAAGUGAGACAGAUUAAAAGGUCCUUUUCGGCUGAAUCCUGAAGUCCAAACUUGGAUUUUUUUUUUUGGUGUAAAGCGACCCUAGAAAGUGUUUCAGUGGCAAACCAGCUGCAGGAAAAAAAUGCCACAGGUCGCCAUGCAAGUGCUUAUUAGGAUUAUUUUAAAUGAGCAAAAGCAAUGUCUACGUGUCUCUAAGUUGUUAUCAGCUGACAUCCUGCUCCGAUUACAAGGUGUGACAUGGUAUAAAUACUCUGUCUAAUAAAAGUGGGGUAAUAAAGGCACUUUCUUACUUUUUACAAUUGAAACACCCACAAAUUAAGGUGAGCUCUGGAGGAUCUCUCCUCAUUCCGAGUCAUUGGCAUGUGGCCACA